UUUUAACACACACACACACCUGCCGCCGCCGCCACGGGCGAUGGCGGCCAACAAAAUACUGCUUCGUGGCGCAAGCAGCGAGCAGGCGGAGGUGAUGGCGCGCGGCGACUUCUCUGCUCUGGGCCUGGGAGAGGGCUCGAUGGGCAUGUAUGAACGUCGGUGGCGGGCUAGCAACGCGGGUCGCGUUUGGAAUGUGGAGGUAGUGGUGACCAGGGAUCAGCGGGCGGCCUUCAUCAGGGCUGCGGCGCAGAUUAAACACACCGCAGGCGUGACGGUGGCCCCCUUCCUGACGCCGGAGGGGCGGGCAGCUAGGCGCGCGCGGCAAGCCCAGUUCGACAGCCUGGUGGAACGGGGUCUGCAGCCGUACUGGCGGGGCACGGACAUCGUGACUGAGGAGGGGGACCGGCGCUGCGUACACCCCGUGCAGUAAUGCACAUGGCGGAUAACUGAGAGGGGCGCGCAUUGUGUGUGUGUUUAAGUCCAGCGGAAGUUAGGCUUGUUGUGAAUGCAGGGCUAGGACAUAGACGGUUUUGGUUAUUGAUCCUCUCUCUCACUUUGUGGCUGCCCUUAGGCAUUUUCUGCCCUGUGGGGAAGGGAAGGUAGCUAGUGCCGGCGGGGUGCUUGUUUUGCGGUUGCUGCGGCCACGUGCCGGACUUGGACGGUACAUGACUUUUUGCUAGGCGAACAAACAAUGCAUAGUGGCCAGCUGCCGGCUCGCAGCAGUGUUGAUAUAGACGGAGGUGCGGCUUCUAGGGCCAAACCGACGUCUCACAAUAUAGACAGAGGUGCGGCUCUUAGGGCCAAAUCAGUGUCUAACCACAAUAGAUGGAGGUGCGGCUCCUGUGGCCAAACUGACGUCUAACGCUACGCGUAGGCUUGGGAGACAUGUACUGCCAGACCAAUGCGCGACAAACAAGGUGCUAAUGCGCCCCUGGCACUAGCAACUACGGGUUGUCCGGAUACACGAUCACGUGAUCUGAUAAACAACUGUAAACCGUUGUCACA